AUGACGAAAUCGAAAAUGUCGAAAAGGGAGAAGAGAGCUCAGAAAAAGCUGGAGAGACGUCUCGAAAAAGAGGUCGCCAAUGCGCAAGCGGAAGCUCGAGCGGCUCGUGAAGCCGAGACUAAUCGGAAAGAGGAGGCGCCGCCGGUGGAAAAGAAGAAGAGUCUGGCACCGGCAGAACCUCCGAAGGUCGAAAAGGAAAAAGAGAAGCAGUCGUGUGCUCCGCCCGAGAAAACGGGCACUGUGGAGCGCGAAGAGCCCAAACGACCGUGUUCGGUUAUAAAGAGAGUUCUCGAAGUUUGUGUAAUUCUCUCUUUUCUCACAGAAAACAUAUUUUUCAGUUCGAGAAGCUCACCCUGGUCGACCUGAUGCGAGCCGAUCGGGAGCGGUCUUCGGAAGAGUCGGAUAGGGAGCAAACGCCCGUGCCGAUCGAAGACAAACCGGCGAAAAAAGCGUGAGAGCUGAUAUUUCUGGUUUAUCAUACCGACUGAUAUUUUUCAGAAAGCAGCUUGCACUGGAAGAAUUCCGCCCACCGUCUCGUCCAAACCGAGGAACCGAAGGCCGUCCGAUCAGUCUCCGCCUGAACUACUUCCAGAUCGGAAUGCCUCUGAUCAUCGUGCAUCAGUACUGCGUCUCGAUAAUUCCGGAAAGCCAUCGGAGAAUCAAUCGGUGCUCUUCCUACCGUCUGAACUUUCUUUCUACUUUCUUUUUUCCAGAGAAGUCGUCAAUAAUCUGAUGAGCUUGAACUUGAUGUACUUUAUCAACGCGUUCCCCGUCUUUGAUGGACGUCAGUUCCUGUUCACACGUCGUCGGCUUCCGGAGGUGUGCAACGAGAUGAAGUUUGAGGUCCGUGUGCCGAACGACCCUCGGAGCUAUACGGUCUCUCUGACGUGGAUGGCCGACAUCAACACGAUCGGAGUAGACAGGGACAUUGCCGACAACCGACCGUACAUUGCGCCCGACGUGACCUAUGCGAUCGACGUGAUCCUCCGCAACAUGGCCUCUUCCGAGUACGUCCCUGUCGGCCGAAACUUCUUCUCUCCGCCCGGUCCGUACGCGCUCGGACGGCCUGUGAAUGGAGAGUCGAACGAUCUCAAGAAAGGGCGCGAGCUCUACUUUGGAUACCAUCAGUCGAUAACUCCGACGCAGCGGAAGAUGAUGCUGAACAUCGACACGACGACGACGGCGUUCCAGAAGGCAAUGCCCGUUAUCGACUUUCUGGGGGAAGUGCUCGAGCUGCCGCGCGAAGCUCUCAACGAGGGAAUCACGGAACGUCAGCGCUCCCAGUUCCUUCGAGAGAUCCAGGGGCUGCGGGUGGAGGUGUCGCAUUCCGGACAGAUCCGUCGCAAGUAUCGGGUGCACAACGUGACGCGGUGGGACUCGUAUCGUACGGGUUUUCUGCUGAAUCGAGACGACGGAACGACUGCUGAAAUUAACGUUAAUCAGUAUUUUCUGGAAAGAUAUGGAAUCAACCUCAAGUACUGGCAUCUUCCGUUGUUGCAGGUAAAAUGGUCGUAAAGUUUAUGUGGGAACGAACACUGUUUCAUUUCAGGUCGGCGGCGACAAAAGAAGCAGUUUCCUGCCGAUGGAAGUGUGCACAGUUGUCGGCGGUCAGCGAUGCAGUCGCAAACUCACAGAAAAUCAGACCUCGCACAUGAUCAGAGCGUCGCAAAAGACUGCGCCCCAACGAGAGAAAGAGAUCAACGAGAUAGUCGCGCGUGCGAACAUCGCCGGCAAUCCACUCAUCCAGGCGUACGGCAUCUCGAUAUCCACCAAAAUGACGGAGACGACGGGAAGAGUGCUCUCUCCGCCGCGGCUCCUCUACAACGUCGCCUCGCGCCAGACAACGGUUCUUCCGACCGGCGGAUACUGGGACAUGCGCGACAAACGGAUGCUCUCGGGCGCGGAGAUUCACACGUGGGCGUUGGUCUGUUUCACGCCGCUGAGCGCCGUCAGACAGGAAGAGCUGCGCGAGUUCUCGAAAGGCUUGACGGCGUGCGCCGGAGUGAUUGGAAUGCCGAUGGUGGAAAUGCCGGUGUUUUGCAAGUACGCGAGUGGAGUGGCGCAAGUCGAGCCGAUGUUCGCGCAUCUCAAAUUGACGCAUCCGAACAUCCAACUCAUUCUGGUCGUCCUCCCCGGAAAGACGGGCGUGUACGCGGAGAUCAAGAAAGUGGGCGACAUCGUUCUCGGCAUUCCCACCCAAUGCGUCGCCUCGAAAAACUUGAACCGAUCGAACAUGCAGACUCUCACCAACAUUUGUCUCAAAAUAAACGCGAAAUUGGGCGGUGUGAACACGGUCGUCCUGCCGAGCUUCCGUCCGAAACUCUUCACGGAGCCCGUCAUCUUCAUCGGCUGCGACAUUUCCCAUCAGACGUCGGAGAACAAACCGUCGAUCGCCGCGCUCGUCGGUUCGAUGGACGCGCAUCCGAGUCGGUACGCGGCGACGGUGCGGCUGCAGGGAUCGCGGCAGGAGAUCAUCGUCGAGUUUGGCGAUAUGAUCAGAGAGCUGCUCGUGCAAUUUCGUCGCAACACUGGCUUCCGACCGAUGCGCAUUGUCAUUUAUCGUGCCGGAGUGUCGGAAGGACAAUAUUACAAUGUGAGAAUGAAAAUGAUAUUGUUAUUCUUUUAGACUUUUAACCCGAUUGCAAUAUUCUGAGGGGACCCAAACUUUCCAGGCUUCUUGGAUUGAAGUAUAUGGGAUGGAUUACGUGGUCCGCAAUUGCUUGCAAAUACCCGGUUUUUGUAAACCUCAAACCAGUAUAUCUCGUGACCAGAUAAUCGGAUCGUUCUGAAACUUGGAGAGUAUAUACUUCAGUCCGAGUCCAAGAAGCCGGAAAAGUUUGGUUCCGAUCGAAUUGCUACUGUGUCAAAAGUGUGCCUAGCCCUGGAAAAAACCAAAUUUCCAAUUUCAGGCUCUUCAACACGAAUUGCGCGCGAUCCGGGAGGCGUGCCGAUCACUCGAGGACGACUAUCACCCCGGAAUCACGUUCAUCACUUGCCAAAAACGCCACCACGUGCGUCUUUUCUGCGCGAACCCUGCGGACUACUGCGGCCGCGCGUCGAACGUGCCGGCGGGGACCGUCGUCGACGAAGGCGCCGUCCAUCCGUCCCAAUUCGACUUCUUCCUCUGCUCGCACGCCGGAAUUCAGGGCACUUCGCGGCCGUCUCGCUACCACGUUCUGUGGGACGACAAUCAGAUGUCGGCGAACGAUUUGCAGGCGCUCACGUACCAGCUCUGCCACACGUACGCCCGGUGCACCCGGUCCACUUCGAUUCCGGCGCCCGUAUUCUAUGCUCAUCUCGUCGCACACCGUGCUCGUUACCAUCUGAAGGAGAAGAAGGACGCCAGCGAGGAGGCGUCGACCGUCGAAUCGAUGUACUCGACGGGGAGCCAGAGCUCUGGAUAUGGUUCGCCAACGAACUCGAUUGAGGAAUCAAUUAAGGUGCUGUAGAUUUGGAGGAGUACUGUAUAAGUUUCUGUUUUCAGGUUCAUUCGGGUGCGAGCAGAGGAAUGUACUAUUGCUGAGAGUUGCUCUAAAAACUUGCAUUAAUUUGUUCAUUUCUCACUUUUCUCCCCAAAUUCUUGAUAAUAUUGUAGUAGUUUAGACGGUUUAGUUAUAUAUCUUGCCCUUGUUUCUCUCAUGUGAUGCCGGUUUACAUUCUGAAACCGCCCCCAUAGAUUCUUUGUGAUUGAAAUGUUUCUUGUCAUUUUUUGCUUCUGCAUAUGUUUUUUUUCCUUUUUAUGCCCCCUAUCCCUUUUUCUUAAAUGUGUAGACAAGUGCUGCCAUUACUUCGUAAUUCCUAUCAUCGUGCCCAGUUUUCAGUCUGUUUUGCAAUGCCUGAAAGGUGUGUACAUUUCCAAUAGUAAACAGGACGGAGAUAUCCGAUUAGUCUUCACGAGUGUAUGUGGGCGUGGUCGGUGCUUUUUCGAGUCACGCUCAGAGCUCAUUCAUUCUAUUUUCAGUCGUCUUUCUUCUUUUUUCUCUUCCCGCUCUCUGUCUGGAAUCAUGUCAUUUUCAUCGAUUUUCUUGUUCUUUUUCCCAUUCUCCAUCCGUUUUCUAUCCGAUUUUUGAUACAAGUCACCGUUCUGUAACAAUGAACGCUGGCACUAAAGGAACCAAGCACCUCCUUUUGACUUUUUGAGAUCUCAUAUAAUUCUUGACAAAAGUUCGCUAUCUAAUAUCAAAUAUCAAAUAUCAAUCAAGUAUCGAACGGCUCCCCCUCCAUCACUUGGAACUGUCCUGACCAUCUGCAACAAAUUUUGAAGAACCUUCAGUGAGUCUAUCUUUUCUGAGAACGAUCUAGAGAGGGAUUGUAAACCAAUGCAUUCCCGUACACGGUAUACCACUCCUUCCCAAACUCUAUCUUCGCAUCUUCCUUUUCCGGUUUACAGCCUCUUUCCCCUUACCCCCUUUUCUGAAAUGUGCAGACUGGGUGGCCGUCAUUGCCAGUCGUAAAACUCGCGGAAGUCUUCACAUUUGUGCGGGGGUCGGUGGGCGUGGUCUGUGCUCUUCCGAGUCGCAUACAGAGCUCAUUCAUUCCGUUUCCGGUCGUUACUCUUCAUUUCGCUCUUGUUCUCUAUCUGAAAUGACAUUUCAAUCGAUUUUCUUGCUCUUUUCUCAUUCUCCAUUCUUGCUGAAGUCCGUUACCUCCGACUAGUCCUUUCACGAUUCCAUAUCAUUCUUGUCGGCUUUUACACCUUCUCUAUCAAUUUCCAUUCGAUUUUCGAUAUAACUGCGUCGUCAAACUCGUGAAUCCGUCAUGUACAUCUGUAAUCAUGCACUUUUAUGAUCAUGUACCUCUGCAACUUUGUAUGACAUGAAUUUGAAACAUUGAUUUCAAAAUGUUCCUUCCAGGGCAGUCAGCGAGGGACUAAUCGUGAACAACAACGAGAACACCGGUCAGCAAGGACGGAAAUGUUGAAUUGUUCUUGUUAUUGGGUGGUCGCUGAUUGACCGCUAAAGGUUGAUGAUUUAAGUGUCUAGGAAUCAUUUCAAAUUAUCAAAAAACCAAAACUUUCUGGUUGUUACCAAGAAACUUUUCUUUCGGUCUCUACCAACUUCAAGGUCUUUUUGUGAAUCAUUCUCGGUCAAACACUGCAAAACUGAACUAUUAGAAGAUCAUUAUUUUGAACGUAUUGACCCCAAAGACCUUUCCGAGAUAGUUUUAGGCGGUAAUCAGCGACCACCAUCAUGAUUUGUUGCUAAUGAAUGUGAUAAACGCUUCUUUGUCACAAAACGGUUUGAUGAAACACGUUUUUGUUGGGAAAUGUGAACUUUCCACGUUCAUUUUAGGUUUUUUGCAGGGGAAUGUUCGAAACUUUCUCAUUUCAAGUCAAGAAGACUUGAAGUCGACGGAAUUGUUUCAGAUGUUGUGUUCCAGCCCUCGAAGUGAUUGUCAUCUCGUGUCUGAUCAUUUCCUCGCCUGGUUGUGUCAUCAAAUCAUCGGGAAAUGCUCUGAAAUUAGGUUUUUCUGGUCUAACAAUUGUUCUUCAUUACACUACUCACCUGACGAAACCGAAAAUGUCAGUGGACUGUGAUAAACUGCUGAAAAUGUCAUUUGGAAUGAAUGAUUUGAAUGAAAUGGGCUCAGCAAUAGGGAUUUCUGAAAUUCGGCUUCAUGAAUGCAUUCGGUCACUCAGUUUUCAUAAAAUCUCGGCUUCUUCUUUGAUUUCCUAACUUUUCUCCUCUUCUUCUCUAUCUGUACCUCUCUUUCUUCCUCUCUUUAUCACUAUAAUCAAAUACUCAACUACUGUUUUUCAGAUUCAUCUUAUCUCCUCAACAACAAUUGCAAUAAUGUCUGCUUCCAGCUCUACCACCCAGGUCUUCGGUAUCUCCCAGGCGAUUAGCGUGGCCAAGCCAACCGCUCAGGAUCUGAAGCUCACGAAAAUGAUGGUGAAGACGUUGGAAGACAUGAAGAGCUUCGAGCCGAAAGAAGAAACAAAGAAGAGAGAGGAGGUGAUGGGCAAGCUGAAUGGACUCGUGAAGAAGUGGAUCGGGGCCCUGGCCGAGGUACGAAUGCCGUCGGAAGAAGGAUUCGUGCCAGGAGGUAAGCUUCUUGCAUUCGGGUCUUUCAGACUGGGAGUGCACAGCAGUGGCGGGGACAUUGACACGGUCCUGGUCGCGCCGAGUUUCGUGACCAGGGCCGAUUUUUUCAGCUCAUUCAAGAAGAUGCUCAAGGAGGAUUCGGAAGUGACGGAGCUCAACGCAGUGGUGGACGCAUUCGUGCCGAUCAUGACGCUGAAGUGCAUGGGAGUGGAGGUGGACCUCCUGUUCGCCCGUCUGAUGCUGAAGGAAGUGCCAGAAUCCCUGGAUCUUUCUGAUGACGCACUGCUGGCGAACAUGGACGUGAAGUGCAUUCGAUCGCUGAAUGGAAGUCGGGUCGCUGAAAAGAUUCUCAGGUUAGUUCCAAAUCAAAACACUUUCUGCACUGCUCUUCGUGCAAUCAAAAUGUGGGCCAAAAACCAUGGGGUCUACUCGAAUUCCCUGGGCUUCCUGGGUGGGAUCACUUGGGCUAUAAUGGUGGCCCGUACCUGCCAGCUCUACCCCAACGCGGCGCCAUCCAAAAUCAUCGAGAAGACGUUCUUCGUCUUCUCCACGUGGAACUGGCCGGCUCCGGUCGUUCUGGACCGUAUGAGCACGGCGGCCUUUCCGUCCGUGGCUCGAUUGGUCUGGAAUCCGAGCGUCAACCACGCCGACUCAUACCACUUGAUGCCGGUGUUGACUCCGGCGUUCCCGGAGCAAAACUCCACAUUUAAUGUGUCUAAAAGCACCUUGACGGUGAUUCAGGAGGAAAUGAAGGCAGCUAUGGCUGUCUGCACGGAGAUUCAGAAAGGUAAGGCCCAGUGGGAAGAGUUGUUUGCGCCGGUGAACUUCUUCUGCCGGUACAAGCACUUCAUGGUGCUUGUCAUGGCGGCGGAGACUGAGGAAGAGGAGCUCACUUACUUGGGCUUCUUCGAAUCGCGUCUCCGUCAGAUUGUGCAGCAGUUGGAGCGGAAUCCGGCGGUGAGAUUGGCUCACAUCCAUGCCCGGCAGUACAAGCCGAGCAAAUCGGCCAAAUUCGGAGUGAGGGAGGAGAACAGCCGUCGGACGUGCUGGUUUGUUGGACUUCAACUGGCUGAAAACGUCAAGUAAGUUAAUAACUCUUCAUAUUUUUAGUAAACUUAUCUCAUUUUCAGAUCGUUGGAUUUGACGCAGGAGGCCGAGCGGUUCAAGAAGAACUUGGCAAAACAGGCGACGAUCGGGAAGGCCAUUGCAGAGAGGAAUCGUGUGGAAAUCGACGCCGUCUACACGAAGAGGUCGACUUUGGUGAAGUUCGUGGCGGCAAGGGAACUGACGGUCGGGAUGGACGCGAGCAAAAAGAAGAAGAGACUGCUGGGAGAGACCGCGGCCGGCGGGACCGUCGGAAAGAAACCGCGGGACAACUAA